CAACCAAUAAAUUCAGAGUUGCCGGAAUCUUCAGAGCGAUAUAAUGGCUGGAGUCGAUGUGGUUUUCGACUUCGACAAGACGAUCAUUAACUUGGAUAGCGAUAAUUGGGUGGUGGACGAACUCGGUGCCACCGAUUUGUUCAACGAGCUUCUUCCUACAAUGCCUUGGAACUCUGUCAUGGAUCGGAUGAUGAUGGAGCUCCAUGCAGAAGGAAGAACUAUUGACGAUAUUGUUGAGGUUCUCAAACGCGUUCCGAUUCUUCCCGGUGUCGUUCCAGCCAUUAAAACCGCUCAUGCUCUAGGAUGUAAUUUGAGGAUUGUGAGUGAUGCGAAUAUGUUUUUCAUCGAGACGAUUUUGGAUCAUCUUGAAAUAAGAGAAUGCUUCUCUGAAAUCAACUCGAAUCCAAGCUUCGUCGAUGAAGAAGGAAGAUUGAGGAUUCGUCCUAUUCACAAUUUCCAUGAAUCUUCUCACGGAUGCAAUCUCUGCCCUCCGAACAUGUGCAAGGGCAUCAUUAUGGAGCGGAUUCAAGCCUCGUUAAUGUUAGAUGGGAAGAAGAAGAAGGUCAUCUAUUUAGGCGAUGGAAGUGGCGAUUACUGCCCUAGUUUGAAGCUAGGAGAAGGGGAUUUUCUGAUGCCGAGGAAGAAUUUUCCACUGUGGGGCUUGAUUAGCCAAAAUCCACUUGUGAUUAAGGCAGAAAUCCACGAAUGGAGCGACGGAGAAGAGUUGGCGAGGAUCUUGUCGAGUUUAAUCAACACCAUUUCCAUGGCGGGAAAUGCACAGUUGUCGCCCAAAAUUAUGGCCGUUCCCGCAUACGACGCCCUGGCUUGCCCCUCUCCCAAACCGGCAAUGGUAGCCAAUUCAAUUCAAUUCAAACAACCCAUUUGUUAAACCAAUCAACAAUCUACCCAUUGAAAUUAGGAAUUAAAGGUGUAAUUUCGCAAACUC